GGAGAAUUGGGCUGGUGAGCAAACAAUAACAAUGCAGGUCAGACCUUCUCUGACUUGGUCCUGGGCAACCUGCAGGGACCCAUAGCUGCUGGCUGUUAGUAUGGCAAGGUGUUUUCACCAUCUUUCAUCUCUGGACUGUUUCUCCUCUUGUCUUUGUGGCUGGAGCAAAUGUGGUACCAUCUCACACUGUAGGAGACUCAUGCCAAAUGGCCUGAAUGAAGAAACAAUGCCUGUUAUUCAGAAACAGCAGGUCCUGAAGAAAGAUAUGCAAAACCAGCAGCUAAAGGAAGCUACGCAGGGGCAUGACAAACUUGCGCUGGAAAUCACCUCCCCUUAAGGCCCUGGAGGACCCUGAGUAUACUUGGUGUGUCCUUGGGCUAUUUGCCCCAAAAUAAAUUCUUGGAGAUUCCUGAGGAAAUGAACAGGAUUCUGCUCUCGCAACCUAGGAACUACAUUACCCAGAAGGCCACGCAAGGAAUGCCACCAGGUUGAGCCAAUGGGGGCUGAGAAAAGGCCGUUUCCUUUGUUUAUUUCUGUGGGCGGGACUAGUCCUCCAGGCGGGUUUUGUCUUCUGUCAGGUCUGUCUCAGGCGGUCAAGAGCGCCGAGAAGAAGGCAGGAGAGAGGUGUUCCCGCCUCACAGCCCAUGGGGGGAUCCUCCGGGGGUGCAGGAAGCUCGCGCACCGCACGCUCCGGGGCCGGACGGGCCCCGCUGUUCUCGCAGCGGCUGCCGCUCCCGCCCCGCUGCGCCCACGGAGGCCAAUGGCGGCGCCCGUGUGGAGGCGGGUGGCCGAGGUUGGCGUGACCUUUGAGGACAUUGCCCUGUACUUCUCCAGGGAGGAAUGGAGCCUCCUUGAUGAGGGUCAGAGGCAGCUGUAUCUGAAUGUGAUGCUGGAGAACUUUGAACUUGUAUCCUGGCUGGGUUGCUUUUGUGGAACAGAGACAGUGGAGGAACCAAUGGAAGAGAAGGUUUCUGUAAGAGGGUCACAGACAAUGAAUCCCACGGUAGCCUUGUCUUCCCAGAAGAGCCAUCCCUGUGAGAGUUGUGGGCCAGUCUUGGGAAACAUUUUCCACUUGAUUGAGGAGCAGGGAACCCAACUUGGACAGAUACUGUUGAGGUGUGGGUCAUGUGCAAAAUGGUCUUAUUUCAUUCCCAAAUUUCACCAGCAACAUGAGAAAGAGACUUUCAUUAGAAGUGUAAAAAGAAUUUCACUUAGAAACAUCUGCAGUCUCUAUACCUCCCAGAAUCAUUUCAUAUGUGGAGAGGUUGGGCAGGGUGUCCUUACUGGGUCAGAACAUCUCCACCUAAAGGCUACUCAGACCAGGCACAGUCCUAAUGCUAUUUUGACACAUGGGGUAACGUUUCAAAGGCGAAGAAAUUGUUACACCAGAAAAACCUGUGCAAAAGACAAAAGGUGCCUCCACACAUUUAUUCAGGAAAAGGAUCUCCAUGUUGGAAAUCAAUGUUUUGUAUACUCUGGUUGUGAAAAAUAUUUUACCAAAUUUUCUAGCUUGCAUUAUCAACAGCGACAAGACACUGGAGAAAGGCCAUAUCAGGGCAGUGAAUAUGGGAAAUCUUUUUGCAGUAGUAACAGCCUAAACGAUCACCAAGCUUUGCACACUGGAAAAAGGCCUUAUGAGCACCGUGAAUGUGGGAAAUCUUUACCUGAUAGCAGUAAGCUUCAUUGUCAUGAGAAGGUACUUUGUGGUAAUCGGAGAGUUCAUACAAGAGAAAAGCCUUAUAAAUGCAGUGAAUGUGGAAAGUCUUUUACAAGUAGCACUCGUCUCAAAUAUCAUCAGAGAGUUCACACAGGAGAAAAGCCUUAUCAAUGCAGUGAAUGUGGGAAAUGUUUUACCUAUAGUACUAACCUUCAUACUCAUCAGAGAGUUCACACUGCAGAAAAGCCUUAUAAAUGCGGUGAAUGUGGGAAAUCUUUUACCUGGAUGGCUAGCCUUCAUACUCAUCAGAGUGUUCACAAUGCAGAACAGCCUUAUAAAUGCAGUGAAUGUGGGAAAUCUUUUAUCACUCCCACUAAACUUCAUGAUCAUCAGAGAGUUCAUACAGGAGAAAAGCCUUAUAAAUGCGGUGAAUGUGAGAAAUCUUUUACCACUAACACCAAUCUUCGUAAGCAUCAGAGAGUUCAUACAGGAGAAAAACCUUAUAAAUGCAGUGACUGUGGAAUGUCUUUCACCUGGGGCACUGGUCUUCAUCGUCAUCAGAAAGUUCAUACAGGAGAAAAGCCUUGUCAAUUCAGUGAAUGUGGGAAUUCUUUUACCUAUAGUACUAACUGUUAUACUCACCAGAGAGUUCACACUGCAGAAAAGCCUUAUAAAUGCGGUGAAUGUGGUAAGUCUUUUACCUGGUUGGCUAGCCUUCGUACUCAUCAGAGAAUUCACAUUGGAGAACAGCCUCAUAAAUGCAGUGAAUGUGGGAAAUCUUUUAUCACUACCACUCAACUUCAUAAGCAUCAGAGAGUUCAUACGGGAGAAAAGCCUUAUAAAUGUAGUGAAUGUGGGAAAUCUUUUAUCACUACCACUCAACUUCAUGAUCAUCAGAGAGUUCAUACAGGAGAAAAGCCUUAUAAAUGCAUUAAAUGUGGAAAAUCUUUUCCCACUAACACCAAUCUUCGAAAGCAUCAGAGAGUUCAUACAGGAGAAAAGCCUUAUAAAUGCAGUGACUGUGGAAUGUCUUUUACCUGGAGCACUGGUCUUCGUCGCCAUCAGAAAGUUCAUACAGGAGAAAAGCCUUGUAAAUGCAGUGAAUGUGGGAAAUCUUUUACCUGCGGCACUACCCUUUGUACUCAUCAGAGAGUUCACAUUGGAGAACAGUCUUAUAAUUGCAGUGAAUGUGGGAAAUUUUUUACAAGUAGCAACAGUCUUCAGUAUCAUCAGAGAGCUCACAACAGAGAAAGCCUUUAUGAGUGCAAUUAA